AUGCAAUGUUCUUAUACUAUUCAUACGUCCAUCCAAAGUUCGUUAAUUUAACCUCGGCCGCAAUAGCCGGUGAAGAAAGACAAGCCAAGUGGAGCUAGCUAUACAGGUUGUCGCUCACCCGAGGCAACCGACGAUCGGUGCGGGGAAGGAAUCACUUUUGUUGACUGUCUGCCAUCGAAUUCCAUCCCAUAUUCUAUUCAUCAUCAAAAUGGCCAACGAAAAGUUUACCAGUGCACCGGUGGUGAUUAUCGGGGCGGGAUUUUCAGGAAUAUGCAUGGCCAUUGACUUGAUCAAGCGGAAUCACUGUCGUGAUUUUGUGAUUCUGGAGAAGAGCAGCGGCGUUGGAGGGACGUGGAAUGAUAAUAAAUAUCCAGGAUGCUGCUGUGAUGUCUUGAGUGCUUUGUAUAGUUACUCGUUUGAGCAGAAUCCGCACUGGUCGAGAGAAUAUCCUGGACAGGAAGAGCUUCUGGCAUAUCUCAUCAACAUCGCCGAGAAAUACGGUCUAUACAAACACAUCCGAUUCAACUCGGCUGUCGAAGAGGCUCGAUGGGAUGACGAGAACAGCAAAUGGAAAGUCAGCGUCAACGUGACCGGUGUGAAAGACAGAGAAUACAUCGAUUCAUACACCAUCGAGUGCGACUUUCUGGCUUCUGCCGUCGGACAGUUGAAUGAGCCUCGAUUCCCGGAUAUGCCUGGAUUGGACGACUUUGAGGGGAAGCUCAUGCACUCUGCAAGAUGGGAUUGGAGUUAUGAUAUGGCUGGGAAGAGAGUGGCUAUUAUUGGCAAUGGUGCCACCGCCGCUCAGAUCGUCCCCGAAGUCGCAAAGGCAGUCUCCCAUCUGGCCGUCUACCAGCGAAGUCCCAACUGGGUGAUUCCUCGUCUUGAUAGACCUGUUUCGUCGUUGCAACAGACUUUGCUCAAGUAUGUUCCACCGCUCAGAUGGCGGAAACGCGGACUGCAGAUGGACUUUCGUGAAUCUUUCCACGAUGUCAUAGCAGAUAGCAACUCGUCGUUUGCCAAUAUAGUCCGUCAGGCUAGUGCGACAAUGAUGAAGAUUCAGAUCAAGGAUAAACCAAACUUGUGGGAGAGCCUGACUCCAAACUACGCGCCUGGGUGUAAGAGACUCAUCAUAUCGGAUGAUUACUACCCAGCACUGAACCAGGAGAAUGUCGACUUGGAAACGAGACGAAUUGCCCAGAUAACCCCCAGGGGAAUCGAAACCGAGGAUGAUGAAGUGCAGGAAUACGACUGCAUCAUCCUGGCGACUGGAUUUAGAACAGUUGAAUUCAUGCAUCCCAUCAAGGUGUAUGGUCGCAACGGCCGUGCAUUAUCUGACAUUUGGCAAGACGGUGCCACGGCAUACCAAGGAGUGACGGUCGAGGAUCUGCCUAAUUUUGGCAUGUUCUACGGCCCAAAUACGAAUCUUGGUCACAACUCGAUCAUCCUCAUGAUCGAAGCACAGUCACGAUAUCUCAAUACCAUCGUCGGUGAGGUUCUAAGAGCACGCCGGAAUGGUAAAUCCCUUGCAUUCUGUCCAACACCAGACGCAAUGCACGAGUUCAAUGACCGCAUCCAGCUUGCAUUGGCUCAGAGUAGCUUUGCCGAUCCCAACUGCAACAGUUGGUACAAGCAGGCGAAUGGCAAAAUCACCAACAACUGGCCGGGGACUGUGGUGGACUAUCAGACUGAGCUGGCCAAAGUGAAGUGGACAGACUAUACUGUAGAGGGGAGUGGAAGGGAGGAUAUUCAGAGAAAGAAGACGACGAACAUCGGGCGUGUUCGAGAGGAGACGGCGGCUGGCCGUGUCGUCAAAUCGCCCAGCCAGUACUUCGACGUGCUCUGGGGCGCUUCCCGCAGAUACUGGUUCUCCCUCAUCUUCAUCUCCAUCAUCACCGCAAAGCUCCUCCACAUCUACUCCCAUCUCAACUCUCUCCCAGUCCGGCGAUUGCUUCUCUGGGGUCCUACCUUCUUUUUCCAGGAUGCCGUGGCCAUCUUCAUCGUGCGAGGUUUGACCCGCAGCUUCAAGCAAAAAUGGGCGAGCAUCGCAUCUUUGAUCAUCUCCUCGAUGGCAGCCGCCAACACUUCCUUCUACGUUGUUACGGGUGCCGAAAUUCACUGGAAACAGGCCAACACCUUCCACGCCGAUUCCGCCGCCAUCCGAACCCUGCUCACCGGUUUGACCGGAUUUAUAAUCGUCGAUGCUCUGUUCCUGGUUAUCUCGUGGUUCGCCACUCCCCACUUGUACAAUGCUGCUGGUGCUGUGUUGCAGAUCUGGAGCUCCUCCAUUGCUGCCGUCUGCUGCUGUCUCCGCAAGCGGAAGCCCCUUCCCGACCCCGAGGUCUACGAACAGGUUGCACGUGACGACUACGACGAUGACAAGAGCGAUGAUGGUGGUGCUUCGGAUAUGCUACUGGUUUCCCCUAAGCCCGCCGCCAAAGAAACCGGUCGGUCGCUGUUGAAGCGUUUCUUGAUCCUUGUUCCCACCCUGUUCAUCAUCAUCCUCCGCAUCGCCCGUCCGCCCGACCCGUCGUACUGGUUCCUUUCCAAGACUCUUAUCAUCACUCCAUUUUCGUUGAAAUCUGGCAAAGCCGGACUUUUCGCCCACAGUGAGGACGGUGGAUACGAAUGGCUCGGCAACCACACCGCUCUCGAUAAGCCACAGCCUUUCAGCUGGCUGCCGAACAAGAACCUCGCUGGCUUUUUGGACUGGCAUGCCAAGGACCGUGUCCACUACAACCCCGAAAAUGACCCGCUGCGCAUUUCCAACCUCGACCAACAAGUCCUCGAGCCUCUGCGUGAUGCCUUGAAGGGAGGCAAUGUCAACAUCAAGCACAUCAUUUUCCUCAAGCUGGAAAGUACCCGACAGGAUGUUUUCCCUGUCCGCAACGAAUCCGCCGUCCUCGACCGCAUUCGCUCCUCGUACAAGAAUGACAAGAUUCCCAAGGAGGUUGAAGAGCGCUUGGCUAACUUAACCCGUACUGCGGAGCGUUUGACUGGACGCCCAUCUGGUUUCGAAUACUUUGACCCUCCCAAGCCAUAUGGCGGAAUCAGUGCCAACAACUCCCACACCUCUGGAACUUACACCCUCAAGAGUAUUACUGGCUCUUUGUGUGGUGUUGUUCCCUUGGCUGCUGACUUCAACCGUGAAUACAAGCAGCACAUCUACCAGCCUUGCCUCCCGCACAUCAUGGACGCCCUUGAUAGUCGAUCGAACAAGCCUGAGAGGACCGAGGACUAUACUACAUGGCCGUGGCAUACUACUUUCAUGCAGUCCGUGACCGAGGGAUAUGACAACCAGAAUCUGCUCACGCCUGCCCUGGGUUUCAAAACCUCGAUCAACCAGGAAUCGAUGAACGUCGACCGUGCAAACCGAACCUUCAAGGGAGAGCAGGUCAACUACUAUGGUUACCCCGACACUGAGCUGCGUGAGUAUGUCCUAAAUGCGAUCAAGCAGGCCGAAUCGCAGAAAGAGCGCAUGUUCAUCACCCAUCUGACCGGUAUCACCCACCACCCUUGGGGUAUGCCGGGCCAGGUGUAUGAAGAAAUGAUUGGUCAGACCUGGUACGGAUUGAACAACAACCUGAACCACUACCUCAACACCAUUGGAUUUGUGGACCGCUGGAUCGCCAUGAUUCUCGAUCUCCUUCAAGAGACUGGAAUUGCGGAUGACACCCUGCUUGUCUUCACUGGUGACCACGGUGUUUCUCUUCCCAACGAUGGUGGUGUUACCCCCUAUGACAACCCCCAUGUCGGCAACUUCCACGUCCCCUUGGUUCUCUCUCACCCUAAGCUCCCUCAAGUCAACCUCGACAACUCUGUGACUUCGAUCCAGAUUCUCCCUACCAUUCUUGACUUGCUUAUCGAGUCUGGAUCUUUGGACGACCACUCCUUGAAGGCCCUCAAGGAUCUCCUUCCUUUGUACGAGGGUCAGUCUCUGAUCCGCCCUCUGAUCGCAGAGCAGGAUGGAAGAGAGGAGUGGCAGUUCACUAUUAUGAACACUGGAGGUACUUGGCUCGCCGUCCGAUCCGCCGCAAAGCCUUACCGUCUUGUCAUUCCCCUUCUUCCCGAUGUCGAAUGGCGAUUCACCGAUCUCAGCACCGACCCGUACGAGUUGCACCACGUGAUGGAAUUCGACCUCGACACUCUGUCUGAGAUGGUGGGUGCCAGCUACGGCGAAGUGGCUGUUAAGUUCAUCCAGGAUGCCGCCCACGUUAGUGAAUGGUGGCUCCGGGAGAACUGGCGUCGCUACGAAUGGGGCCCCGGACGUUCUACAAUAAUAUUGAAUGAUACCCUCCGCGAUUCCCCCAUGGGGCUGGAGCUCUAUGGAGGAAAGGCCGGUUUAUGGAGGCACGCGCCGCUUUCAGUUGCAACUGACUCUGGAUGA